AUGAUUGAAGAUCUAACGAAUAAUCUCAAUAACUUUGACACCACUAUUCUAAAGUUAAUAACUUUAUACAAUUCACAAUUUAAAUCAAUAAAGAUAGAUUACUCUAAAGAAGUAAUAGAUAGAUCCGAUAAGUAUGAAAUCGUAUUUAAAGAUUCCGAUCUAGAACUUAUCAAAGAGAUAUUACAACAAUCUGUUGUGGUAUCGCUGAAAAAUGAAAACACUUCAACACCCACAGAAAAAUCAGUUGAAUCAUCAUCAUUAUCGACAUCAACAGUAAAUCCACCACAAAAACAGACCACAACAGCAACAAGUGGAAUGUUAUAUUAUUAUGCAGAAGAUUGUCUCGAUAGUGGUCAAGAUAUAAAAUAUGUUUCAACUCACGGGGUUGAUUUUAAAAUACGCAGUGUUGAACUCGAUGGAAAGAUAAUCAAACAGCAAAUCUGGGAAGUCGGUGGUAUGAGUAAAAUACAUUUAAGGCCAUCUUACACUAAUGGUAAUACUGGUAUACUACUCGUUUAUAAUGUAGCCGAUGGUAUAAAAGAUUGGUUAGCACUUUUAAAUAACAACAAACAUACUGGUAGUAAGAUAUUGGUUGGAAAUAAAUGUGAUCUUCAAAAGAGAGUCAUAGAUUAUGAAAGAGGUAGAGCGAUGGCUGACGAUUUGGGAAUACCGUUUAUAGAGACAUCUGCUGUUACUGGUACUGGCAUUAAAGAAGCUUUUACCUUAUUGGCAAAGUCUACAUUGAAAAGAUUUGCAGAAGAAACUAUUUCAAAACUUCCUAAAGCUCCUGCAAAUGACAAAGGUGGAUUGUUUUCAUUUUUUAAUAAAAAAUAA